CAGACGCAACUCGACCGCGAUCUGCCACCGCUGCUGCUGAAGGCAAGUCCGAUUUUUCCCAUCUUUUCUGUGGGGAACUCGCCGAAGAAAUUAAACGAAAUUUAAGCCGCUUUUUCCGUCACCUGUGCCGAGUUUGUGCCAUCGGAGGGCCACACUAGCUCGCAAUGGCUUCGCUGAUCCUGCUGAACGGCGCCCAGCUGGCCAAGCAACAAUCCGGAGCGCUUGGAAUCGUGUGUCUGCGGGCCAACUACAGUACCGAUGGGCCGCGCAAGCUGAAGACGACGAACCUGGCCUCGCUGAAGCGUGGUACGGGUGGUAGAUCCAGUUUCAACGGGGUUGUUGCGACUGUUUUCGGUGCGACCGGAUUCCUCGGGCGGUACGUUUGCAACAAGCUGGGCAAGAUCGGAUCGCAGGUGAUUAUUCCGUACCGUGCGGACCAUUACGAGGCGAUGCGUUUGAAGCUGUGCGGUGACCUGGGACAGGUGCUGUUCCAUCCGUACCAUUUGUGCGACGAGGAAUCGAUCUACAAGGCGGUCAAGUACUCGAACGUGGUCAUCAACCUGGUGGGACGUGACUGGGAGACCAAGAACUUUGCCUUCCAGGAUGUGCAUGUGGAGGGAGCGCGGCGUUUGGCGCGCAUUGCCAAGCAGGCCGGCGUGGAGAAGUUUAUCCACAUUUCGUCGUUGAACGCGACUCCCCACCCGGAACCGAUUCUGACCAAGGAGGGAAGCAAGUUCUUGAAGAGCAAGUACGCCGGUGAGAAGGCCGUUCGCGAGGAGUUCCCCGAUGCGAUCGUGUUCCGCCCGUCGGACAUCUACGGUCAGGAGGAUCGCUUCCUGCGGUAUUAUGCGCACAUCUGGCGCCGGCAGUUCCGUGGAAUGCCGCUGUGGUACUCCGGAGAGCGCACCAUCAAGCAGCCCGUGUACUGCGGAGAUGUCGCUCAGGGCAUCGUGAACGCCAUCAAGGAUUCGGACAGCCAGGGCCAGACGUACCAGGCGGUGGGUCCCCGUCGGUACAAGCUGUCGGAGCUGGUCGAUUGGUUCCACCGGGAGAUGCGCAAGGACAAGGAGUGGUGGGGCUACCAGCGGUACGAUCUGCGCUACGAUCCGACGUUCAUGAUUAAGGUCAAGCUGACGGAGUUUAUCUGCCCGUCGUUCCCGGUGGGAGAUUUGCACACGGAGCGCGUCGAGCGGGAGUACGUCACGGACGACGUGAAGAAGGGAGUGCCGACGCUGGAGGAUUUGGGCGUGAACCUGACGAUGAUGGAGGAUCAGGUCCCGUGGGAGCUGAGACCGUACCGGGCCGCCCUGUACUACGACGCCGAGCUGGGCGAGUUUGAGAAGCCGGCGCCGCCCCAGUUUCUGCACUAAAGUAGCGAGCGAGAGGUAUGUAAUUCGAACCCAACAUUUUUUUUCUCGUAAAUCCAGCAAAUCUUCGUGUGUCCAUCAGAACCGGUUGCAGAAUAAACACACACUAAUUGAAAGUUA